AUGGUUCUCGUCGACUACUCCGAGUCCGAUGCCUCAGCCUCCGAGUCGGAAGCGCCCCCAAAGCCGGCCCCCGCUCCAAAGGCGGCAGCAGCAGCGCCCAAGAAGCAGGCCUUCCAGAAAGUUGUCGACCGCUCCAACAGAGGCAAAAUCACCGUCAGCCUCCCGCAGCAGGUACUGCCGGCGACCGGCGACGCCAAGCCCGACGAGCCCCCGGCCAAGCGAGCCCGCACCUCCGGCGCGACCGUCUUUUCCGGCUUCAACUCGAUGCUGCCGGCGCCCAAGAACGCGGCUAAGGCGGGUGGUGGUGGCCAGGCGAGGCGGCCGGGCGUCGCCCUCAAGACGAGCGCGGAGCCGGGAUUCAGGCGUGGCGGGAAUGAGAAUGAGGGCUACUACGGUGGGCGAGGCGGGGGUGAUGGGGCGGCUGCCGAGGCUGAGCAGAAGCCAGCAGACGAGGUCAAGCUGGUCGGCAAGCCCUUGAUGUUUCGGCCGCUUUCUGUCGCAAGGACCGCCAAGAAGAAAAAGGGCGCCAGGGUCGGCGGGGCCCAAUCCACGACACCCUCGUCGAGUGCGGCGACUCAAGAAACGGCCAAGACGCAAGCGGCCUCGGCUUCGGCGCCCCCUCCCGCCAAAAAGGUUUCUCUCUUCUCCCUGCACAGUGAGGAGCCGCAAGAGCCAGCAACGACACGGCCAGCGCCAGGCGGGGCCUACGAGCCUCUCUUUGAGGCCGGCCCUCCCCCAGAGCCUACCCCCCAAGACUAUGCCCACUAUGCGGCUCAAACGCAGCACGGUGCGCCGCUGGCAACGACUGGCCCCGGCCCCGACAGCCUGGACAGCAUCGCGGACGACCUGCAGCUCUCGGCGGCCGCCCGGCGCCAGCUCUUUGGCCGCGACGGCGGCCCCCGGGCUGCCAAGCAUGUCAUCAACUUCAACACGGACCAGGAGUACCAGCACAACGAGACGGUUCGCGCGGCGGGCGAACAGCAAAUCCACCAGCCCGUGCGCGCGCUGCAGGGCGGCAAACACAGCCUGCGGCAGCUCGUCCAGAACGUGCACAACCAGCGCGAGGCGCUCGAGGACAGCUUCGCCAAGGGCAAGAGCAACCGCAAGGAGGCGUCCAGCCGAUAUGGCUGGUGA